AAGUGGUAUGAUUUAAGCAUGACAAUAAUGAGAUAGGAAUCAUACUAUUAUUCCAUUUUUACAGGUGAAGAAAUCAAGGUCUACAAAAGAAAUCAAAUAAUAUGUCCAAAUUCAUAUGGGCUUUGAUUUUUGAACUUUCAAAUUUUUGUCUUUGCUUAAUACCUUUUGUUUUAAAAUAAUUUGACUCAUAAGAAGUUAAAAAAAGAAGUAAAAUGAAUGACUAUGCUAUUUUCAGGCAACUUUCCCCAAUGAUUAUAUAUAACUUAACCUAGUACAUUGCCAAAAUCAGGAAAUUGACAUUGUUUCCAUACCAUUAACUUAGGUUCAGACCCUAUUCAUAUUUCUAAGGAUUUUACAUGUACAGAUGUGUUUGAAUGUAUGUGUGAUGUGUGUGUAUAGAUCUAUGAAGUGUGGAUUUAUGUAACCAUUACCAUUAUCUGGAUGCAGAACUGCUCUAUCACCACAAACAAAGUACAUGUUUUCACGUUAUCCCUCACUAAUCAUAUCUUCCAGCCAACCCUAACCCUUGGCAGCUACUGUUCUGUUCUCCAGCACUGGGAUUAUGCUAUGUAAUUCAGGUAUUUUUUUUGAAACCAAGCUUAUGAUGUUGCUAAAUAAAUAAUAAUGUUUAUAAACUAUUAUUUUCCAUCUUUAUAAAUGGCAUACUGUAGCACAUAUUCCAAUGUGCUAUACAUGUAUAGGUGAGCCAAAGUUUGAACAUCGAUCUAAGUGCACAAACAUAAAAAAUAUUGUAUGCUUUUAUCAUAAUAUCUCUAUUUGUAAUCUUUUUCCCCAAAUACUAGUAGUAGUGAUGUUUGCUUUCUCUUAUUUAAACUAUCAGAAUCUUUAAACUUUCUCUUAUUUAAACUAUAGUCAUUACUAAUUGAAAGUAUGUUUGAAUACUGCCUGAUUCCACUUACACAAGAUAGAUAUAUAUAUCAGUCAUAUCUAUGUGUGUGUAUAUAUUUAUAUAUAUGUCAGUCAUAUAUAUGUGUGUGUAUAUAUUUAUAUAUAUGUCAGUCAUAUAUAUGUGUGUAUAUAUUUAUAUAUAUCACAUACACACAUAUAUAGAUGGAGUUAGGUCUAUGAUCUCUGUAUAUAUUUAUAUACACACAUAUGUAUUUUUAAACUAUUACAGGAAGCAAAUAGUACAGUUGAUUUCAUAUAACAAGAGUUAUUGGAUAUAUAUGGGCAAAAGUUAAUGCAUAUGGGCAAAUAAAUUGAUGAACUUACAGACUCAUUUAUUUGACAUAUAUUUAUUGUGUGGUCUCUAUUGAAUGCUGGUUAUCUUCCAGGAGCCUAAAAUUCAGCAGUGAAUGUAACAGGCUCAAAUCCUUGUCCUCAAGUGGCUAAUAUUCUAAUCGAGGGAGAAGACAAUAAACAAAGUUAAUAAGCAAAAUAUUCAACAUACUAGUUGAUAGGAAGUUCUUUGGUGAAAAAUAAAGUAAGAGGAAAAGAAUGAGAGGAAGCUCUAAAAGCAACUGAAGAUUUACAUGAAGAAGCUGCCCAGGCGUUGGCCCAGAGUGAGAGGAAGCACCAUGAGUUCAACAGGCAGGUCACAGUUCAGUGGAAAGAAAAGGAUUUCCAGGGCAUGUUGGAGUGCCACAAAGAGGGCGAGGCCCUCCUCAUCCUCAACCUGGUGACAGACUUGAAGCCCCAGAUGCUGUUGGACACAGUGCCCUGUCUCUCCGCCUACCUCCUCUACAUGUGCAUCCGGCUCGCGGACCAAACCAACGAUGAUCUCAAGGUGCACUCCCUGAUGACCUCCACCACCAACGGCACUAAGAAAGUCCUGAAGAAGCACAGUGAUGACUUUGAGAUGACGUCAUUCCUGUUAUCCAACACCUGCCACCUUCUUCACCGUCUGAAGCGGUACAGCGGGGAUGAGGGCUUCAUGACUCAGAAUACGGCAAAGCACAACGAACACUGCCUUAAGAAAUUUGACCUCACCGAAUACCGUCAGGUACUGAGCGACUUUUCCAUUCAGAUCUACCAGCAGCUCUUUAAAAUUGCCGAGGGUGUGUUACAGCUGAUGAUAGUUUCUGCCAUGUUGGAAAAUGAGAGCAUUCAGGGUCUAUCUGGUGUGAAGCCCACUGGCUCCCAGAAGCACUCCUCCAGCAUGGCAGAUGGGGAUAACUCAUACCGCCUGGAAGCUAUCAUCCGCCAGAUGAAUGCCUUUCAUACAGUCAUGUGUGACCAGGGCUUGGACCCUGAGAUCAUCCUGCAGGUAUUCAAACAGCUCUUCUUCAUGAUCAACCCAGUGACUCUUAAUGACCUGCUCCUGCGGAAGGACGUCUGCUCUUGGAGCACAGGCAUGCAACUCAGGUACAAUAUAAGUCAGCUUGAGGAGUGGCUUUGAGGAAGAAACCUUCACCAGAGUGGAGUAGUUCAGACCAUGGAACCUCUGAUCCAAGCAGCCCAGCUCCUGCAAUUAAAGAAGAAAACCCAGGAGGAUGCAGAGGCCAUUUGCUCCCUGUGUGCCUCUCUCAGCACCGAGCAGAUUGUCAAAAUUUUAAACGUUUAGCCUCCCCUGAAUGAAUUUGAAGAACAGGUAACAGUGGCCUUUAUACAAACGAUCCAGGCACAACUACAAGAGCAGAAUGACCCUCAGCAACUGCUAUUAGAUGCCAAGCAAAUGUUUCCUGUUUUGUUUCCAUUUCAUCCAUCUUCCCUAACCAUGGAGCCAAUCCCAGCAUGUCUCAAUCUGGAGUUCCUCAAUGAAGUAGAUGCAUGUUUAGUCUGAUUCCCGAUGUGAGCAAAAAGGAAGUAUAGACAGUAAAGUAAAUUCAAGGAUCUGUUAAAUCUGGUAAAAGUAGAUCAAACCAGAGAUUGACAGCCUGUGGAGGGUGCUGAACUAUACAGAAUUAGACACAACUGUGGCGUUAUUUUUUGUAUGUACUGCUCAGAAUAAAAACACUUGAAAUGUGGAAGAUUUUAAGUUUGAUUUCAGUCCAACAAAUAUACAUAAUAAUUUAUAGACACCAAGCAGUCCCCAUAGCCAUAUAAAAGAUGCCAAUUCUAUAAAAUGAAGCUGCCGAGUUUUAAUCUUUGCAUAUAACUGGAGAAUGUCCAAAUUGAAAUACUAACUAUAUAUAAGUCACAUAAAUUGCCUUCAAAGGGCUUUUAACAAAUAAUAGUACUAAUAACCAUGAUAAUGACAUAUACUGACAUUUCCCAAAGUUUGCAAACCAUAGGUGUGGUAGAGUUUGUGGUGAGAUGUGUUAAGAACAAAAAUAUGGGGAUGAGACUUCCGAGAAAUGUCCCCAAAAUAUUUUUUAAUGGCUGAUUAUACAAAGACAGCAGUGUAACUGACCUCCAAACCAGACAUUUUGAGUACUGGUUUCUGAAGCAAAAUUAGAAGUGCCAGUCCUCAGUGUCCUCAAACGCUUUUGUGUAAUCUUGGUUUAAUGGAAGAGAUGAUUAAAAUGCUGCUACCUGAAACUCCAAGUGAGAAAGAUGGAAAAAUAAUUUGUGUCUGAUGCUAGUCCAUACACUUUCCAAGUCCCACAAAACUCUCACAAAAAUGUAUAUAAGCUAAAUAUUACAAAAUGAUAACAACUUGUUUUAUUUAUAGAUGUAAAAUCCAAACAAUGUGAAAGCUUUUAAUCUCUUAAUACCAUUAAGCCUCCAGUAAGAGCCUCAUAUAAUGCUCUACUAUUCCAAACAACUGAAUAGUAAAACAAACUAACCUCGCACAUCAGAUUAUCUGAAAAACCUUCAAAAAUACUCAGUUCAGGGAUUACUAUUAUACAAAAGUUUGGGGUUUUUUCAAGAGAAUAAAAUGGCUUAGGUCAACUUUCCCCUUUCAGGUUAUUUUCAACGUUUUUCAAACGUUGUAAUUCAAAAUUGUAAAUAUCUCUCCUAUGAAAUAAGGAUUUUAAAAAAAGAGUAAUUCAGUAAUAUAACAGACGUAGAUGUUUGCUGCUCUUAGAAUUUUUUGUUUGUUUGUUUUGGGGCUCUUCAAAAGCAAGCAUUCAGUUAGAAACCCAUAUUAUUCUUUCCACACUUUUUUUUUAUUAUACUUAAAGUUCUAGGGUACAUGUGCACAAUGUGCAGGUUUGUUGCAUAUGUAUACAUGUGCCAUGUUGGUUUGCUGCACCCACUAACUCGUCAUUUCCAUUAGGUAUAUCUCCUAAUGCUAUCCCUCCUCCCUCCCCCCACCACACAGCAGGCCCUGGUGUGUGAUGUUCCCCUUCCUGUGUCCAAGUGUUCUCAUUGUGCAAUUCCCACCUAUGAGUGAGAACAUGCGGCGUUUGGUUUUUUGUCCUUGCGAUAGUUUGCUGAGAAUGAUGGUUUCCAUCUUC